AUGUGUGGCGGUGACCAGGUUGUCUUUGGUGACGCUUGCCCCAGUGGACAGUUCACUGAGUCGGGCGAAUGUUGUUCUGUGUGUCCUGCGGGCUUUGGAGUGUUAGUGGAGUGUGGAAAAGAAGAUACUAAAUGCACACCAUGCCCAAAGGGAACUUUCUCUGCCUCUGCAGACCUGGGUCCUUGCCUCCCAUGCUCACAGUGCCCGAGCGGCGUCCCUACAUUGGCCGCGUGCUCCGCCGUCGAAGAUACGCAGUGUGAAUGCGACACCGGGUUCUUCUACUUCCCAAUCUACGGCUUGUGCGCGCCAUGUUCCAAAUGCAAACGUGGGGAGGGGGUGGUGCGCGAUUGCGGCCCUAAAGGGGACACGCUGUGCAAGACCUGCGCCGCGGGAAGCUUCACCGAAGACUACUCUCACACCAAAGUGUGCCAGUUUUGCACCCAGUGCACGGAUGGCGAGGUGGAGAUCAGGCCCUGCAUGCCAAACUCGGACACACUCUGCAUGGAUAAAAAACUCCAUAUUCUAUCCCGCGACUCUCCGAGCUCGAAUGGUGUGGAGGAGGUGACGCCAGGAGGUGGAAGUUCUGCCCCGGGGACACCCAAACUCACUCCCCAGGAAGAGACGGGUAGCAGCAACAACAUCUUGAUUUACGUGUCCGUGCUGGCCGCGGUGGUCCUCGGCCUGCUCGUCUACGUGGCUUACAAGUGCUGGAGAUCAUGUAAACAGAAGAAGGCUCUGUCCAAGGCGCGCGCAGCCGAGCUGGGAGCGUCUCCAGAGGGAGAAAAGCUGCAAAGUGACAGUGGAGUUUUCCUCGACUCGCAAAGUCUGCAAGACAAUCAGCCCUGCAAAGGUACAAAAAGGGACAGCAAACAAGAUACCCGCCUGUACAUCAACCUGCCGCCUCACAGACAAGAAGAAGUGGAACGCCUUUUGCAGGAGGGAGCGGGCCGUGGCUGGCGGCAACUGGGCCAGGCUCUGGGGUACGAGGCCGAACAGCUGGACCUGUUUGGGCGCGGUGAGGCCCCCGCGCAUACGCUCCUCUCCAACUGGGCCCUGAAGGAAACCUCUACCCUGGGGUUGCUCUGCUCGGCGCUAGCUCGCAUCGAGAGGCCCGACGUGGUCUCGGCCAUCAGUAGCCCCGCGCAGGGCGUCUCGGUGGUGUGA